UUCUUCUCCAGGCAGGGGAAAAGAAUCGAAUUCCGAAUUCGCGAUCGGAUCGAGUGCCCCGCCCCUCUCCUCGACAUUUUGCCCAGGGAGGGAGAAAAGGUAAGGCAUGGAGCCUUCUGGUCGGAAAGAAAAACCCAAGGUGAAGGAGCCUGUGAGCCGAGUAGAGAAAGCCAGGCAGAGAUCAGCUCAGCAGGAACUGAAGCAAAGACAAAGGGCAGAGAUUUAUGCUCUCAACAGGGUAAUGACAGAGCUGGAGCAGCAGCAGUUUGAUGAGUUCUGUAAGCAGAUGCAGCCUCCAAGAGAAUGAGCUCUCCCCAGCAUUGAGACCAGGUCAGCAUCAUCUCUCUGAAGACCUUUUUUCUGGAUUGUUUUUUUUUUCAGUUCAAGUUGUUUGGGGAGGUGGGGGAGAGAAAAAAAAAUCAUUGUUUCUAGUGAGACUUUCAUUUCUCCAAGAAAACAAAUAAAAUAAAAAAUCAAGGCCUGCUUGUCCAAGCCUUAGCUUG